CUCUGGGCACCCUGUGCCAGGGCCUCACCACCCUCACGGUAAAGAAUUUCUUCCCAGUAUCUAAAUCUCCCCCCUUGUAGUUAUAAACCAUCACCUCAGGUCUUAUCCUAACAGGCCCUGGUCCAUUGAGGUCCAUGCCACCAUUUCUGUCCUGGCCACCCUCUGAAUCCAGACAAGCUGAAAUAAUUUUUACAAAUCAGCCCUUUUGAUUGCUCUCUGAGUUAUCCUGAACAGGCAGGGAGCACAUUGAGGCAUCUCACAGCUUCCCUUCCUACGUCUCUGCCCUGGCUGUGGGUAUCAGCCAUGGUCUGGUGCACGUUGGUCAGUGGUGCCCAAUAACCCAGCUGGGGGCCCCUGUUUUGGCAUUCACAGAUGAGCCACCACUCCCAAAGGCAGCAGUUUCCGUGGCUCUUCGCUCACCUCUGUCCUUCCCGUCUCACCCACAGGCCGUGACGUGCAGCUGCUUCAUCCCGCUGUAUUUUGGGUUUUGCCCUCCAACGUACCGUGGGGUGGUGAGUAGCGCUGUGGGCUGGAGACCCUGUCCCAGCUCCGGCCCAGGGCCCCUCCAGCCUCUGGCCUUUCUCCAGUGGUGGCAUUAAGGAUGUUUCUACCUGGCUUUGCCACCAGCAUAGCUCGAGGCUGUGUUCCCACAGUGUCUGCAGAGGGAAGAACAGGGCCCCAAAAUCUGACCUCACUGCAAGACAGGACCCAGCUUCUCACAGAACUGUCCAUCUUCCCCUGUCCCUGGGGUUGCCUCAGCUGCCUUCUGCUGCACCUUCCUCCCGCUUCCAUUGCAGCAGUUCUUUGGCUGGAAGGGAGGAUCAGGGUGUGGACCUGGAGCAGGGGAGCAGUGGCUGGGGCAGUUGCCUGGAAGGGGAUCUCUGCAGCCCCAGAACCUCAGGCUGCUGUGGGCCUGGCUGGGGAACAAGCCCCACGUGUUUGCCCGUGUGAACAGCACUGCUCUCUCUGCCCAGGGGAAGGCUCAGGGCUCCCUGUUUUGCCUCCUAGCGCUACGUGGACGGCGAGGUGGCCAUGUGGACAGCCGACUUUGUGUCCCGCACCACCAUCACCAUCUCUGCCUUCGCCGGAGAAUACGACAUCUGCCCCAAGGACGGCCCAGCUGCCUUCUUGACCUUCCAGCUCGCUGACUCUAUCUUACAGAUCUCAAAAAUGAACAUCUGCCGCUUACAGCACAUUUUUCAGCUUCCCACACCUCAGGCCAUGGACCGCUUUUAUAUCCAGGGCUACCAGGACACGGUCUCCUUCCUGAAAAGACUGAGGGAUUUCCAGGUGAAUUACUUCGAGGGCUUCACGCUUUCCUUGGCCAAUGAAUCACGUCAGAAAGGUGAGGAGACCCCGCACCUGAAGCCACAACUGAGAGUUCUGCACUCCAGAGCCACAGAUCACGAGGAUGACACCAAAGAGAACCCAGGAAUCGGCCAGGCAGCCGAUGAAUAUGAAUAGGAAGGCCCACACCACCUUCUCCACCCCCAGGAAGGUAAAGAACCAGCACUUGCUUUACCCCAUCCGUUUCCAAGUGACACUUGCCCAGGGCUGUCAGUGCCCAAAGAGGCUCUGGGGCAGGUGAGAACAUCGGGAAUGGGAGAAAGUUCCCUCUCAGCUCAGGGCUUACGAGUGAGGCCUCACACUGAGCCCUCACCCUCGAUCUGGCUGAGGACUGAGGACUUCAUUUUGGCUGUGUCAGAAGGACUCCAUGGACAAGGAGCCCUUCCCAUGGAGAAGGCCACGUAUUUACUCACCUUGUGAGGUAAUAACCGGUUCUGCCCACGCAUCCCUUCAGCAGGGGUGUCUCAAGGGUUCAAGCUGCCUUUGCUGUGCCAGCCAAAUCCAAGCUUCUUAGGAACUCUGGCUGCAGCCACAGAAAG